ACAACUAUGGUGUAAAACUACGAGGUCCAUUAAACUCUAUCAUUUUCCGGUUGAUCCAUGAUGUUGAUGCCUAUGCUUACAUGCAGCACAAUUCACCCUUGAGAGACAUAUACCAAAACAAAUUUCCUCUGAUCUUUCUAUUCCACUUCCACUCACUCACUCACUCACGCUUCCAAUAUCUAACACGCAAAGUUUCUUUUCUUCAAAAUUUCAACAUUUCUCACUCUCUCUAAACAUCUGUUUUGAUUGUCAUGGGGGACUCAACGGUUGGAUACACUCUUGAUUAGUUAUUCCUUUUGAAAACAAUAUUGCGAACAGAUGCUCAGGGUGCUCUAGAUUUUGCUCUGAUAAUGCUGCGAAUGGAGGGGGGUUGCCCUGUUGACUGCAACGCAAUAACUGAUCUGUUUCUUCAGGCUCUUGUUGAGUUCUUUGGAACCCUUCCCCAAAUAUGGGCACUGGAGUGUAUGGAACAUCUUUUACUUGUCAACCUUAAGGGAAAUCUUCAAAUAACUGUGCAGAUUGCUAAUGAAUAUUCUAAAAACUUGGGUGUUGAUGCAUGCAUCGAAGUCUUUGAGAAAUCCGAGUCCUAUUGAAGGACUAUACUUUUUCUUGGGUGCAUAUUUGCGCUCUAGUAAGGAUCCUGAUAUUCACUUCAAGUACAUUGAAGCAGCUGUUAAAACUGGACAUAUUAAGGAGGUAGAGCGCGUGACGCGAGAAUCAAGCUAUCAUGACGCUGAGAAGACAAAAAACUUUCUAAUGAAGACCAACCUUCCAAAUGCAUGGCCGUUGAUGAAUGUGUGUGACCGAUUUGGUUUUGUUCGUCAACUCAUACAUUAUCUCUAUACUGAAAACAUGAUUUGUUCUAUUGAAGAAUACGUUCAGAAGGUCAAUCCUCGAAAUGCUCCUCUAGUUAUUGGGCUGUUGCUUGACGAAGGAUGCCCCGAAGAUUUCAUCAAAGGUCUUUUACCUUCAGUCAGUUCCCGUUUUCCAGUUGAGCAAGAAUGUGUGAAGAGGAAUCGUCUUUGUUUUCUUACUCGGUUAUUGGAGUAUCUUGUGAGCGAGAGGAGCCGAGAUGUAGAUGUGCAUAAUGCUCUUGCGUGUAGGUGAUGCCACUCACUUCUUAGAGGUCAUAAAAGCUGCUGAAGGUGCAAAUAUAUAUACCAUGACCUAGUAAAGUACCUUCUCAUGGUUAGGAGAGUGCCUAUAAGAGUAUCUUUACUGAGUUGGGAGUUCUUUAUGCAAGAUAUCGGCCUGCGGUGUUAUUGAAGCACAUUGAGUCAUUCUCAACUCGGCUCAAUAUUCCCAAGCUUAUUCGGGUCUGUGAAGAACAGCGACACCUAAAGGAUAACUAUCAUGCAAACGAGCACAAAGCCACUAAGGAAAGAAAAGAGAAGAAAUAAAUCUCUUUUUAUCCCUACCAAACUUGCUUAGAAGGCAAGAAACAUUAAAGGUGAUGUGGUUACAGAUGCACACCAAGUUGUGGAGAAAGACCCUCUGGUAAAAUAUUCUCAUACACAGAGUAAUGUUUGAGGUAACACCUAUGGAGGUUCCUAUAAUUGAUACUGAAAGCUCCCUGAUGGUUAAAUAUGUCAUACACAAACUAGUAUAUGAGGUAACACCUAUUGAGGCUGUUGGAACAAAUUUCAGAAACUCACUGUUUCUUUUAUCGAGGCAAAGAAACAGAUCAAGGAGAUCGAAAAGAGGAUUUCCAUGAGGUAGGGAAUAGAGAGUCUUCAACUUCUCAAAUUACUCCUAAACUCUAUCUAGAAAUGGAUUCUAAAUUGUACACUAUUGUUCAGAACUCUUAAGAAUUGUAUAAAUUUCAUCCUAGAAUUCAUAAUGACAUGUAAGUUGUUCAACAACUUUGGGGAGA